UAGUAUUCUAAAAUUAAUAUUAAUAUAUUAUUAAUUGAUAGAUUUUUGUACUAAGUGUUUAUUAAUUAUACUAUCUAGCCGACGUGUGUGUAUAUAAUUAAUUAUUUGUGAUCUACAACCUACUUUGUUCCUGUUGACCUGCCUCAUUCGACUGUGAUUUUUAAAAGGUUUCAACUGCUCUACUGCAGCAUCCGCCUUAGCAUCUUCACUGCCAAUACAAUUCCGCCCUUCAGCGCCCUUAAUGUAGCCAUGUUAGACAAAAUUCAACCUAACCUUAAUAAUAUCACUGAAGUAUCGUACAAGAUUGGAGGGUGGUGGCGGACGUGACGUCAUCGACAAAAAGGGGACAUCAUGAAUCCGUCACAAGAUGAGGCCAGAGCGGCCAGGAUACAGAAAUAUAAGGAGGAAAGAAGAAAACAACUCACGGCCAGGACGGCGACGCUAUUCUCUGCGAAUGUUACUGAAAGACGUCCGAGAAAAGCAGCCGACCGAUCGCAGUCUGAUGAUACUGCCGAUUAUCUCAAGUCUUCCUCAGAGCUGAAUCUUAACACCGCUUCAACAUCAGUGCCUAUUAGAACAACUCGAGCAUCACGCUUAAGAGCUGCGGCUUCGGUCCAUUCCGACUCAUCUCCAUCACAUAGAAAAUCUAAUAGAAGCUCCUCAGUUCAAUCAUUAACAGAAGACAGCAAGAGUAAAACAGCAAAAAGCUCUAAGAUAGUUGAUAGAGACAAACGAUCGAGUAUAAUUAAAAGACAAAGUAAUGAAAAAGAAAAUUUGAAGAGUACACCGCUGGUCGGUUACUCUGAUAAAGAUAUUGGUGCUAUUAAAACGAAAUCUAAACAUUCCACUAAUAAAAAUAUUUUAGAAAAAGAGAAACGUAAUUAUUUAGUGAGUAGCCCUAAAGGAAAGAUCGUCGGCGAUAAAAUCAGUUCAAGUUCCAAAUUAGAAGAAAGAAUUAAUAGUAGUUUAAACAAAAACAAGAAAUUAGAUAGUUUAAAAAUCGACGUGAAAAACGAAGCGCCUUUAAAAGAGGACGACGAAAAGAUUUUUAACGACAUCCUAGGUUAUAAAUCAAAUUCUGCAAAUGUUGAAAAUGAUAAUAUAGACCAUUUAUUUAAUAACCUUGUAGUUGAGGUGACGCCGAAAACAAAGGUUAAUGAUGACAAGUCAAUGCUCAAUUUUAGUCACAAAAAUUUAAACAUUCCUGUUAUGCAAGAUACGACCUCAUUUAAUAAAGCUGUUAAUGUUGUGAAUGUUGAAGAUAGUAGUGAAGUAGUGCCAAAAUUAGUGAAUGGUCCGGAAGUGGGUGGUUUAUUGGGAGCAGUGUGUGUUCGUAAAGUAGAAAGGUUCAGUGAGCUCCUCAGUAAUUUAUGUUCUCCUUGUGAAGCUGACAUCUUGUUCGAGGACAUUUUAGUUGAGAAUGAGAUUGAUGACCCCUUGCGUGGUCCGGAAUGUACCCCUCCGUGUCGCCGCGCGCAACCAUCUCGAACCACUAGUACCCCAAAAUCUGGGCCAGCGCUGUCUACGACCAACAACAACGAUGCAACUGGAACGAACUAUCGACUGAAAACUGUUUGA